AUCUGAGCGUGUCAUAUGUCGGAUUGGAUGGUUAUGCAGAUAAUUGGCAUCCUAUGGUAUAUUGUUGGAAAGCUGAAGCUAAAGCAAAUUUUUCAGCCUCCCAUUAUUGCCUCAGCUUUGGCUAUCAUCAUUGGCGCUAUACCAUUUUUGAAGAACUUCAUCUUGACUGAUGAUGCCUCGUUAUUCUUCUUCACUGACAGCUGCCUUAUUCUUGGGGAAGCGAUGAUCCCAUGUAUUUUGCUUGCUCUGGGUGGAAAUCUUGUGGAUGGCUCUGGCCCAGGCAGUAAAAGACUUGGUUUACGAACAACUGCUGCUAUCAUAUUUGGAAGAUUGGUUUUGGUUCCUCCUACAGGACUUGGAAUAAUCACCAUUGCUGACAAGCUUGGACUUUUUCCCAGGGGCGACAAAAUGUUCAAAUUUGUCCUGCUGCUGCAGCACACUAUGCCAGAAAGAUAUGUACAACAUCUUUGUCAUCAUCAUCUUUAUGCCAUUUAUUCUGGGGAAAUGACUUAACUUGCAAUCAUAUGCUAUUUACCUC